AUGGACACUGUCUCCUUUGGGCGCCAGUGGCUGUGGGCGCCUGAUUUUACGCAGCUCAAGCCGUUCCUGGAUACAUCUUACCUGGCUGCUCUUUUGAGUCCGACUACCGCAGAAGGCUCUCCCCGUGACUCCUGGGGUCACAUUAGAGUACCCCGGAUCGAGCACUACGAGGUCACAUCUCAGCCCGGAAACGAAGGCUGGUAUGGUACAAAAAAUGGCACUCUGGAAUCUUACUCUUCCUUCGUUGGUAUUCCAAUAGGUGGCAUGGAUUCGGCAGAGUUCAUUGAUUACUCCACCAGGAUUCAGUCGAAGUACUUCCAUCUGGCUUGUGACCCAUACGAUGGGAACCUCCAGUUCAUCUUCAACAACUCAAGGUGGCUAGGGAACGUAUCCUGGAACGAGAAUGUCACAGAACGCGCUGAAACCUCCCCUGAUGAAGUUGAGCCUUUUGCUUUUGUCAUCGCUGCGCAUGAGUUUCGCGUUUUGAAUUUUCGUAUCCGACGCUCUCGUCUCGCACACCCUCCGGCAACAUACACCCAACUGGGUCCGCUGGUAGGAUUCAAAAACACACCUUGGGAAGCCGCGGGCUUUGACAUGAUCUACAACGCCGACCAAAAUGGCAAAUGGCGUGAGUAUGACGGAGAUAAGGAUUUGGCUGAUCUCAAGGGAGAUGACGAGCUUGUCGAAUCUGGAAAAUUUGAUACGGCCUCCCUGUCAAACCUUUAUCUCCGAGACCCCAAGAAUAUUAUGGGAAAUUCGGCUACCAAACCUUCCGAGGUGGGUCAUGAGACUUUCGCCAUACGUCUAAGCCAGGUGAUCAAUGCGUAUUGGGCAGCGAUGUACGGCAAAGGGACGUUUUUAGGUCAUUUCGAAGAGUCCACCAAUCCAGUGAAUGCUACAUCUUAUGGCUCUUGGUACGACGAAGAAGGGAAUGCGGGCGGGAAUCCGUUUCUGCUUGCAAGAGCGUGGUCGAGUACAGGAACGAAACGCAGUAACGUCGAAGUCUUCAAAGCCCACUACGGCUGGACUAUUGCUCUUAUUGUCUCCUCAACUGUCUUGGUCGCGGCGAGUUUGGUGCCUUUCUGCCUCCGGACAUUCUCCUCGCACGGCCCGGACGUGCUCAUGAACUUCUCCAGCCUGGCUACCAGGAACAACCCUUAUGUAGCCCUACCGGUGACGGGGACAUAUCUCGACGCAGCUGAUCGGUCGCGGUUAUUGAAGGAUGUGCGCAUUCGUUUUGGGGAUGUGGAAGGUGGCAACGCGAUCGGAAUGUUGGGGAUUGGACGGCUGGAUGGCGAUGUUGCGCCGCUGAGGAAGGAGAGGAAGUAUGCGUAA